UAGUUUAGCUUCGAAAAUCGUGCAGAGCGGUUGCUUGCCGCUCCUAACCGACUCCGUAUUUAUCGUAAAUAAUCGGGUGUAACGUGUUACUCUUUUAACUUUUUCGAAAAAAAUUUUUUUUUAAAUGUUUUAGACAGUGAUGACUGAACAAAGACUGUAAUAUUGCCAUGCUUUUAUUUUUGUGAUAGUGUUUUUAAAAAAGAAAAAGUUUCACCAUGUUCCUCUCGUUGCUCUAUUAUUUCGUUAUUUUUAAAAGUGGUUGUUGCCUAGACGUGUCUACCACUAGUGAUGCCUCCACUGGCUUAAGAUAUGAGGCUCCUGAUGAUUGCCAAUGGUGGAUCAAAGACCCUUCGGUCUCUGGACAAGACGAGGUGGCUCUAACAUGCAAUCUUCGCACUAUAAACAGUGAGUUUGACACCACUAAUUUUAGUGUCAUCCCUUCUGAGCACACCACCUCUCUAAGGAUAGAGUGCAAUCCAGAGAUAAUGUCGAGGUCUAGCUUAGACGAGAAGAGUUUUUUCCACUUAACUAAACUUAGGGCCCUCGAAUUAGAGCAUUGUAAGCUAGCCAGAUGGCCGGCAGGAACCCUUUUUGGCUUAAGAGACUUAAGAAAUUUAACAGUAAAGACCCACAACACCGAGUGGCCUGCCAUGAACUUAGACUUUGCUAGAGAGAGCUUUAACCCCAUUAGGAACUUAGAAAGACUAGACGUCUCUUGCAAUAACAUCUGGUCGUUUCCAGAAAACAUCUUCUGUCCCCUGAUCAACUUAGUGUUUCUAAACGUAAGUGAAAAUCGUCUGCAAGACGUAAGUGACUUGGGAUUUCGAGAAAAAACCCCUGGACUACCACAACCGUUGAUCAGCGUGGCCGAGGAUGAAGUGCCUCAGACUGAAAACACUAGAUCACCAACACACCCUUGCAGCUUGGAUAUUCAGGUACUCGAUGCUUCGUUUAACCAUUUUGUCCUUAUACCUGCCAAUGGUUUCAGUGUUUUACGUAGACUUAAAGAGUUUUACAUUCAUAAUAACGAAAUUAGCAUGGUGGCUGAUAAGGCCCUAAACGGCCUAAAGGCUUUGCAAAUUUUCGAUCUCUCUAACAAUAAAGUCGUAGCCCUACCUAGUGAACUAUUCAAAGACUCUCGCGAGUCCAUCAAAGAAAUAUACUUGCAGAAUAAUUCAAUCAGCGUCCUUGCUCCCGGCUUAUUCGCCAACCUGGAGCAGCUCCUUGCCCUGGAUAUAUCCAGAAAUUUACUUACGAGCUCCUGGAUUAACGCAGACACAUUUGCCGGCUUAAUAAGGUUAGUGCUCCUAAAUCUCUCUUAUAAUCGCAUAUCUAAAUUGGACCCCACGUUCUUUCGGGAUUUAUACACACUACAAAUCCUGAACUUGGAGCAUAACUCUCUCGAAACCAUUCCGGCAGACACUUUUGCCCCCAUGAAUAAUUUACAUACUUUAAUAAUAUCGUUUAAUAAAAUUACGUAUUUGGAUGCCUACUCGCUUAAUGGUCUUUACGUGCUCUCUUUACUUGCUCUGGAUAAUAAUUUGCUGGAGGGGAUCCACCCGGAGGCUUUUAGAAACUGCUCUAGCCUGCAAGACUUAAAUUUAAACAGUAACCAACUUAAAGCCGUACCUUUGGCAUUAAAAGAUAUGAGACUAUUAAGAACAGUGGAUCUCGGUGAGAACAUGAUUACUUAUUUAGAGGAGCCUGGUUUUAGAGGGUUAAGUAAUUUAUACGGGCUCAGGAUGCUUGGGAAUAGGAUCCAGAAUGUAAGCAAACGUGCCUUUGCUGACCUGCCUGCCUUGCAAAUAUUGAACUUGGCCAAAAAUAAAAUCCAACGCAUCGAACACGGUUCGUUCUCAAAUAGCCCGAAUUUGCAAGCGAUUCGGUUAGACUCCAAUUCGCUAACUGACGUGAAUGGCUUAUUUGCCGAUAUCCAGAGUCUAUUGUGGUUGAAUGUUUCGGAUAAUCAACUGGAGUGGUUUGAUUACGCCCUGAUUCCGCAGGGGUUACAAUGGCUCGAUUUGCACAAAAACAAUAUACGCGAACUGGGUAAUAGAUACAAUUUGGAUUAUGAGCUCAGGCUCGCCCAACUGGAUGCUAGCUUUAAUAAAAUAUCUAAAAUUGGGGCCUCAUCAGUGCCUAGCAGUAUCGAGCAACUGUUCCUAAACGAUAAUUUAAUCAGCAUUGUGGAGCCUCACACUUUUAUAAAAAAGACUAAUUUAAGUCGCGUGGACUUGUAUGCCAACCAAAUCUCUUCUAUGGACCUAAAUGCUUUGAGACUCACCCCAGUUAGUCCUGAGAAGGCUUUGCCAGAGUUUUACAUCGGGGGGAACCCUUUUAUGUGUGACUGCACUAUGGAGUGGCUGCAAAGGAUUAACAAGCUGGAUCACUUGAGGCAGCAUCCAAGAGUCAUGGAUCUGGAGAGUAUUUACUGCAAGCUUUUACAUAACAGGGAGAACAACUAUAUGCCUUUAAUAGACGUUGAGUCCUCACAGUUCCUAUGCACUUACAAGACCCAUUGCUUCGCCUUAUGUCAGUGUUGCGACUUUGAUGCUUGUGAUUGUGAAAUGACUUGCCCUAACAACUGCACUUGCUACCAUGACCAAUUAUGGAGUGCAAAUGUGGUGGAAUGUUCUAAUGUAGGAUACUCUGAGAUGCCUAAUACUAUUCCAAUGGAUGCCAGUGAGGUUUAUCUUGACGGAAACAACUUUGGGGAGCUCUCGCGGCACAGCUUUAUCGGUCGUAAGAACUUACGGGUCCUUUUUGCAAAUAAUUCUAAUAUCGCAGCCAUUUAUAACCACACUUUUAGCGGAUUGAGGAGGCUCAGGAUACUGCAUUUGGAGAAUAAUAAAAUUAAGGAGCUCCUUGGAUUUGAGCUUGCUACCUUGGAGUCUCUUAGGGAGUUGUACUUGCAAGGGAAUCUGUUGCACUUUAUUGAUAAUCGUACUUUCUUGGAGCUGAAGCAGUUGGAGGUGCUGAGGUUGGACGAGAAUCGGUUGUACAGCUUUGAGGUGUGGCAGCUGUCACUGAAUCCUUAUUUAGUAGAGAUUGGGUUGUCGUAUAACCAUUGGUCAUGUGAUUGUCAUUAUGUUACGAGGUAUAAGCAGUGGUUGAAGCAGAACUAUGCUAAAGUGGUUGAUGCCACAAGGAUUACUUGCAUUGUAAAUAACUCUACGAACCUGUUAGGGCCGAAGAUGUCAGAUUUCAACUCCUCAAAGUGUUUGCACUUCUUCUCUGAUGGAAACCAUGCUAUAGUGGAGCAGCAAGUAAUGAAUGAUUAUCUGCCCCUUCUAAUGGGCACCAUGUGCGUUUUCAUUGCUAGUGUUGUAAUCGUUUGUGGGGUAUUCUACUACAGAAGAGAGCUAAGGGUCUGGAUAUACUCCAGAUGCGGACUAAGGAUGUGCUACAAAACAACUGCCUAUGAUGAGCAACAAGACAAGGACAGACUAUUCGACGCUUACGUCAGCUACAGCGUCAAAGAUGAGGCGUUUGUUAAUCAAGCUCUAGCUCCAGGUUUAGAAGGGGGUGACCCCUCUUAUAGACUAUGUUUACACUAUAGGGACUUCAACGUGUCAACUUACGUAGCCGAUACGAUUAUAGAGGCAGUGGAAUCGUCUAAAAGAACGAUUAUAGUGCUCUCCAAAAACUUUUUGCAUAACGAAUGGUGCCGGUUUGAAUUUAAAAGUGCGCUCCAUGAAGUGCUGAAGGAUCGACGGAAGAGGUUGAUAUUUAUAGUGACGGGUGAGCUGCCCUCCAGGGAUCUGGAUCCAGACUUGAGGCUCUACCUCAAAAUGAACACGGUGAUCGAGUGGGGCGAUCGGCAGUUCUGGCAGAAGUUACAGUUCGCCAUGCCGGAUGUGAGGAGGUCUUGUGUGCACCAAAGAUCUUCUAUAAAUAUUUAUGCGACGGCAACACCUUCGCACUUCUCGGAUCGAUCCAGGAGUCCUAACUUACCUCCUCCGCCGCCUCCUGGAAAGCUGCCGCCCUUUUUGCAGAACUCAUCCAGUUUACCCAGAGACAGUAGGGCGAUGCCACAUCCUUUGUGGGCGUAGCGGUUAAAGUUUAAUAGUAUGCCUAGACCUAGCAGCAGAAGAGUCCAUCGCAGCAAUAAUGCAACCCCAAAAAGAAGCGAGGCCAGGCAUACUAUAGUCUACUAGUCAUGUAAUUUUGCAACAUUAAAAAUUACUGCCAAAAUUGUAUUUUUUUAAAAUGUUUCCUGCAUGUGUGUAAACCUUUACAAGGCUUUGGCUGAUUUUUGGCAGUUAUUUUUAAAAAUAUUAUUAUUUGUAACAUAGGUAAAAAAAAAUGACUUUUUUAUUGUGAUAUAAUUGUAUAUUGUAUAAUAUUUAAUAAAUUUUCACCAAUCUCAUAAACGAAAAAUACUCCCUUAUAAUGAACUACGCUAAUUAAAUAAAUAUGUAUCUAAGCCACUUAAUAAAUAGCAAAAAUUGUAUAAUGAAUUAAAUAAAUAAAUAUAUAAUAUAAUUAGAUAAACAAUAAUUUUCAUGUCUAUGAUAACGUUUAAUAAUUGAUUUGUUAUUUAAAAUGGUUGUGAACGUUUUUAAGUAGUUUUGAAAUUCAGCAACGAAGUAUGUGUAGUAGACAAUUUUUUUAAUUAAAAUUAAUUACAUAUCAAGUGCAGAAAGUGACAAAUUGAUCACUUUCUCAUUAGCUAUGUAUGUACAUUAUUAUUUUUCUUAUAUACAACUAAAGUUCCCAAGCAACACAUCAUAUUUUGGUAAAUUUUUGGUUUUGCUAUAUUUAUCAACCUUAUAUGGUCAAUGUAUAUUUAUUAAACUGUAGAAUAUACACGAUUCUGUUUAUAAAAGGCUAUCGCUCCUCAAAUAUUUGAUGAAAUUGUUUUAAAAAAUCACCGUUUUUCGUCCAUAUUAUCCAAUCUAAUGACGCUGUUUUUAUAUUAAAUAUUUAUAUAUAAAAUUAUAUCAAACUUAAAAAACAGUGUUAUUAAAUUAAAUAUUAAAUAUAUAUUUUCUGCAAAAAUAUUGUGUUUCAUUAACACAACCCUUACCCCCCCACCCACCCCAAACAUUUACCCAGUAAAAAAUUCAUUUAAAAAAUCAACGUUUUUCGUCAAUAAUAUCCAAUCUAAUAGUACUAUUUUUGUGUUAAAUAUUUAUUAAUUUCGACAUAUAUAAUUAUAAUAAAUUUAAAUAAAGACAGUGUUAUUAGAUUAUAUAUUAACGACGAAACCAGCUGUAAUUCAUCCGUAUUAUUCUGGAAAACAAUUUCUUACUGGUAAGUUGUAUGGGGUGGGUGGGGGGGGUAAGGGUAAAGUUAAUAAAAAACGGCUUUUUUUGCAGAAAAUAAUUGUUCAAAAAAAAACUGGAAGGUGGAAAUUCGGUGUAAACCAAAAAUAAACGUUUAUUAAACCAUCGUGUGUUGCUUGGGUUCUUAAAAAACCUAUUUUCAACGUAACUUAUUUAAAAUUUUGUAUAUUGUAAACUAUGUAAUUAUCCCUUUAAAUAACAUACCAUAAUGCAAAUAUAUAUUUUCAGUCAGAUUUCAGCAGUAACAUAUUUAUAUUAUAUUAAUUGUUGUAUAUAACAUUUGAAGCUUUUAAACUCGUAUUUGAAAUUAUAUAAUAAAUUUAAUGUUUAUUAAUA